CUACCAUGCAAAAUUAAUUGGUUCUGUGCCAGCCACGUCAUAUAACUAUGCUCAUUCAAAGUCCGCCCAGACCACCGAUACGGUAUGAUGCCCAUUGGUUUUCCUUGCAGUAUUGACUACGAAAGAUAGAGAUACAGCCCUUAGCUGUUAUAUAAAUAUGGCAAUGCUGACGACCCAGUGUACGCGACCUCCGACGUCAAGCUGGGUACGCCAGCCACAUAUGUUGUGACACCGGACAUGAUCCUUCUUCUUAGCGCCAAUCCCGGCGAUAUUCUCAACUGCCAUAGUUUUCAGCCCCACACCGAGGAAGAGCCCUGGAUUGAGCCCCCGCUCUGCACGACCGAGCCUAUCGUCCUGCAUAAGCAGAGUAAGAUGGCCAGUGUCUCACAGGUAUCCGGGGCCCACGUCUUCCUCCAGAACCCCAGUGGCGCUCUUGUGGAUCUGCAGCAUCAGCGCGACGCGAAUCGUUGGACGGCGCAGAUAAUGCUCAUGCAGGUUACAGCUCAAACUGGGAGCCCGCUCUGUGCUAUCCAGGGGCCGUCAAGCAUUUAUCUCUUCUUUGUUGGGGGCGAUAACUGUGUCUACUAUGUUACUCGAUCCACUAAGAAGGAUGCCUCUGAAUGGGAGACCCGGGCGUUCUUUACUAUGACACAGACGCCACGAUCCUCCCAGGCGCUCAUUUUGAGCAAGUCCCCGAGGGACUACUCGUAGUGCCCGAUAAAGUCAACCUGGCGUCUUCAUUUCUACGUUUUAUUGGCAAGUCAGCUGUGCAAGGUGGAUACGGCAGGGGAGAACUGGUGGGGACGAUUGAUGAGGACGGCAUCUUCUCCCCAAUCUACUCGCAGGAGUGUGCAAUUAUCA